UAUUAAUCGCGGUUAUAUGAUUGCCGCCGGAAAGUGCCUUUUCACUGUCUUGUGAAUAGUAGGAGGGCACACUGCGAAUAAAACGUUCCGUACGCCAUAACCAUAUUCCUUUGAAGUUCACCUUUCUUUACACCUACGCGUGGGGGGAGCCGUUUAAGGCAACUCCGCACUUCACAAGACGACAUCUUUUAUUCACAGUCCUAGGGAGACUGCAAGGGCAACUUGCGCUGGAGGACGGCUUGACGACCAGCUAGAGAGUUACCAGGAGCGCACGGAGCGCAUUUCCCGUACCAGCAGAGGAGUCGCAGCCAGUGACAUAGCGGCGCAAGGAGCGCCAAACAAUGAGUACGGACGGAGUCGCAGCCAGCGACACGGAGACGCAGCCGGCGUCAGUUCAGGAGACGCAGCCAGCGUCAGGUUAGGAAGCGCAAGGAGCGCCAAGCACCAGCGGUCAGGAGGCGCAAGGAGCGCCGAGCAUCAGCGGCAGCAGCCAGACGGCACAGGUCCGCCAUUUUGGAGCGCUAGGGCAGCGCCAUAUUUAUUUGGAGAUGCAGCAUUCCCUCAGGACGAGUUCCCGGCUGAACGGAGGGGAAGCCACCCCUACAACAACGCAGCAGCCAGCGAGUAGUGCAGCAGAAAACCGGCCAGGGGUUAACAUAACCACGGCGGCGGCCAUUUCUCGCCCAGCCACUACAGCGACUACAGUAGCGUCCCAACCAAGGAGUACUGUAACAGCAGCUGAGAGCUCAGAGCCGGAGGUGGGCCAGCCACCCACGGCGUACCUUUUGGAUAGGAUCACGGCGUUGGAGAAUGAGCUGAAGCAGGUUAGAGCCAUGAACACAACGAGCACCGCCAAUUGCGCGCCAAUCGCAGUUGGCCCAAGCGCAAAUGGCGCUAACAGUGGAGCGUCGGAGCGGCCGCCAUCGUGGAGCGAACCGCCAUUGGCCGCCUCAUUAACCGCCACAUCGAACGGUGAGGCCCAAACUAACGGGGUCGGGCCGGUCCCAAAUAGCAGUUUCGCUGCGACCAGUGGGACCUACACGCUGCCGCCAUCUUGGAGUGGACCACCGUUACUAACGACUAGCAACCCACUGUGUGCUACACGUGCUGCGCAGACAGCGCAUGGAUUCGUGCUACCGGGCGGGAGCAUCCACAACGUGGCAACUGCAUCGCCAUUCGUGGGAUCUUACGCCUCGAUGACACCGAUUGGAACCCAAGGAGCGAAUGGGCCAAGGAGGCUCCCGGACUUAACUCCGCAACUCCGCACUUCACAAGGCGACAAAUAUAAAAAACUAAUAUUUAUUUAGAGUUAUCGAGUAGAAAAGAUAAUAAAAAAACUACUCGUAGUAGCAGAUUCUUUUAAUUUAUCGGCUAUCGGUUAUCGGAACGUAAGCACCGGAAAGUUAUAAUCGAUUACUCAUAUUUUUAUCAAAGAACUUAAAUAUUAAAUACAAGCUUUUAAAACUAA